AUCGUAGCAAAGAAUAUCGAGUUCUCGUGGUGUAGGAAAUUGCCUUUAUACUUGGUCGGCAAAUCUCCGGCUAAACUCACCCUUGCUUCCCCAUGCUAAAGCUCCUCCAAAAAGUGACGGUCAUCGUUCCAUCCUGAACAGCUUUUGCGCACGGCGGACUUCCGACAAAAUGGAUUUCGUCGUCCUAUCCAGCCGCCAGCUCCGACGGCCACUCCCGAACUUAUGUAGGACCUGUAUCCGUCGACUCGCGCCCCGGGCGACCCGAUCCUUCGCCAGCGCCAGCUCCAAGCAACCCGAAAUCUACGAUGUCGUUUGCGUGGGCGGCGGUCCGGCCGGUCUCAGUCUUCUUACCGCGUUGAGAGCGAACCCGGUAACGGCCAACCUGCGAGUCGCCCUCGUCGAGGCGCAGGACCUGCGCAAAGUGCGCGCCUGGAAGAUGCCACCGGACCGCUUCUCGAACCGGUGCAGCUCGCUGACGCCCGCCUCGGCGAAGUUCCUCGACGGGAUCGGGGCAUGGGCGCACGUGAAGAGGGAGCGCGUGCAGGCGUACCACGAGAUGCAGGUCUGGGACGGCGUCACGGACGCGCGGAUCGAGUUCGAGUGGGCUAGGGAUAAUAAGCGCCGCGGCGGAGGAGGCACGAUCGCGUAUAUGACGGAGAACCUGAACCUGACGUCUGGGUUGCUGGGCAGGUUGGAGGAGUUGGGGGGUGUGGAGGUUUUCGAUGGGGCGAAGGUUGAGGGGAUUGGGUUUGGUGGGGAGACGGAGGACCUGGAUUUGAGCGAGUGGCCGGUGGUGAACUUGGUUGGGGGGAAGCAAUUGGCGGCGAGGCUGCUGGUGGGCGCGGAUGGUGCUAAUAGUCCUGUGAGAGCGUUCGCUGGGAUCGAGAGUAGGGGAUGGGAUUACGAACGACAUGGUGUUGUCGCGACGUUGGAGUUAGAGGGAGAGGGUUGGGGUGGAGAUGGUUUGAAAAUCGCAUACCAGAGAUUCUUACCUACGGGCCCCGUUGCCAUGCUCCCUCUCCCCGGCAAUUUGUCAACACUCGUCUGGUCUACCACGCCCUCGAACGCCGCGCUCCUCAAAACCCUUUCCGCAAAAGACUUCAUCGCCCUCGUCAACGCCGCCUUCCGCCUUAACCCCGUGGACCUCGCGUUCAUGCACACCCUCAGCUCCGGACAAGUCGAUGAGCUAGCCUGGAGGCUGCAACACACGCAGUUCAACUACCAGGCCAUACCGCAAACCGUCGUCGGCGUCCAGGAAGGCACGAUAGCAUCAUUCCCGCUGAAAAUGCGGCACGCAGACACGUAUAUCGGGGAGCGCGUGGCGCUCGUCGGCGACGCCGCGCACUCGAUCCACCCGCUCGCGGGACAAGGACUCAACCAAGGGCAGGGCGACGUCGAGUCGCUGACGCGAACGAUCGAGUACGCGGUCUCGCACGGCCAGGACAUCGGCGCGCGGAUGUCGCUCGAGCCGUAUAACGCGGAGAGGUACGGGCCGAACCAUGUGCUGCUGGGCGUGUGCGAUAAGCUGCAUAAGGUGUAUUCCGUGGGUAGCGGGCCGUUAGUGCCGUUAAGGUCGUUGGGUUUGAAUGCGAUUAAUGCGCUGGGGCCCGUCAAGAAUUUCUUCAUGGAUCAGGCGGCUGGGAAUGGGAUAAAGCUGUUCUGAGCGGUUCUAGUUAAGUAUUACGCGUCGUUGGCGAUGGGUUAUGUAUGCUGUGUAAUAUUAUGCUAUUUCACACUCUAGCUGUGAUAGAAGACACGAAGAUGGCGUCUGGGUUGAAAAUAUAUACGCGCUCUGGUGUACAUGGUAGAAAUCAUGAACUCAGCAGCUUCGAAUACCAUGUGAGAUUACUAGAAGCUGGACUUGCGACGAUGCUUGAUUGAUCG